GAAGCCGGCUUUGAGGCAGAGGGGGAGGACAAGGACGACAGCUUCCUCCUGCUGCAGCAGUCUGUGACUCUGGGCAGCUUGACCGACGUGGACCAGCUCAUCGCCAAGAUUGGCAAGUCGCUGAAGCUGGACACAGCGCACAAUGGCCCUGCCUCGCCGAGUGCUGCCCCGCGCCCUCCGCCCCUGCGGAUCCAGGCUGCGAUCUCAGUGGAUCAGAACCGGUCACCGGCGAGGCAGAUGCUGGGAUCUUCUGUGUCUGCAGAGACCGUGGCCCCAGCUCACCCCGGAGCCAUUCUCUGCAUACUGUGGGAGCGCGGGCGCCUGUGGAGCAGGGCGGCUCCCUACUGCGUGGAGGAGCUCACCGCGGGCACCAGCGCCCUAUGCCCU